AUCUAAUCCAUCAGUCGGAGGUGAUUUCGAAUGAAGAUAACAAGUGCUCCCGCAGUUGGUUUUGUUGGAAGAAAAACGAUGAGCUUUCAGUAGAAUGAUAAAGAACAUUCAUCAAAAUAAGAUACAAAGAAAGAGUUAUUUAUCGAAAGGUUCCCGAUAUAAUAUAUUAUAAGAAAUCAUUCGGAAGGUACUGAAAACCGCAAUAAAAUGCAAUCGAAACUACAAAAAUUGCACAUAAUCAUUCUACUCACGGGCCUCCUGGCCACCGACGUUUGGUCUAUACCGGCAAACGUCAAUUCUCAACCGGCAGUGGAAGCGCAGAAUGAUUUGACCGGUGCGGAGUCGGCUCAAUUCGGUGGUUAUGGUGGUGGAUACGGCGGCUAUGGAAGAGGUUACGGAGGUUAUGGAGGAUACGGCAGAGGAUAUGGUGGUGGUUAUGGUGGAGGAGGGUACGGUGGUGGUCUCGUCGGAAAUAUCGGCUAUGGCCGCACUCCGUACGUGGGAACAGGUUUUGGAGGUGCAGGAUUCUUGGGUCGUUGAUAUUGAAAACUUGUAAUGAUAUUAAGUAAUACAACUUAAACAUAUAUUUGUAAUCAAAAUCUUGAAGAAUAGCGACUUGUAAGUAUAGAUUAAUGGAAUAUUAUAUAAGUGUAUAACAACUUGAAGGUGAAGGAACAAUUAUCAAAUUUAGUUACGGCUACUAAGUAUUACUUCCAAGGUUUAUUUUGAAAGAUUUGUUAACAUAAAGCUAUAAAUAAAUUUAUACGCGUCGUUUAUGAGUCUGUAGACAGCCAUGAAGUAUUUGUAGAAUUGUGAUUUAUCUAAUAUAAAUAGAGUCAACCACCAAGCUAUGAAACUUUGGGGAAAUAAAUAUGAACGGUCGUUUCUUGACCAAGCCCAA